AUGACUGCCACGUCUCAUAAUAUGCUGAUUUCGAAUAAAAUAUCGUACAUCACUCAUAUUCUGAGACAGAUACCCACGUGGAGCUCAAUAGACAGAUACCCACGUGGAGCUCAAUAUGGUAGUGAGAUGACCGAGGAUCAGCAGCUGCUGGACAGCGGUAAUGUGGAACCAGCGGCCCAAUUAGGCUAUGGUACGUUUUACGAUCAUGCAACUGGUUAUUACUACGAGUAUCCUGUGAUGCUGGUAGGACCACCAAUGCCCGAACAAGUUGAGCCAAACUGUUUGGCAGCGGUCUCUUGUGGUCCGGUACCACUCAGACCCAUUGAGUGGGUCAAUCCUGCCUUUGUUCCGAAACUUUCAGGCCAGCAGUACUGCUACACGGACUACCAGACGACGCAAAAUAUGGAUUGCGCCCAAAUGGUAGACGCAGAAGGAACGAUAGUGACAGGAGAUAACUCGACUAUGAACGGUAACGGGGAUGGGAACGAAAGCUGUGCCGGAAGUGCAAGUUGCAGCGGAAGUGUGGCUGGUGAGGAGGAUACACUAGAACAGACUGAAGAAGUUGCUACUGAAGAACUUUCCGACAACCAAGUUCAGGAUGGAUUCAAUGGCCCGUACUUGGAGCCGACUCUCGUUCAGCCAAUGCACAUACCUCACGUGAUGCAACCUUUGGCGCCACAGUACAUGUACCCUGGUCAUUACAUGUUUGGGCCAUCGCUUGUCAAUGUAAAUGGUGUCACCAUCCAAAGCGGGCCAGUGGUCAGGUACAGCGAUGUCAUGGCAACAACUACAUCGGCGACGUGCGCCAAGUGGAAAAGAAAGAAACGGAAGAGAAAGCAGAAACGACCUCCUACCCUCGAAAAUACGGAGGAUGAAGAGGAGGAAUACAGUUCGGAGUGCGAGAAUGGUACAACUAGGCCGCCCUGGUCGGCAAAUUCGUCCACAACAACGACAUCCCGGCCGCUGAAUCCUGAAUGUCAGGAAUUCCAGCUCCGGUCGAUCGCCGAGCUUGAAUCGACCAAAUCUGCUGGACAAACGAGCCACGAAAAUCUAGCCGUGGAAACGAAAUCUCCUUUGAAUGAAGCCCCCUCCAUCUCGCCCACUUUAGAAAAUGCGAUCCUUCCGCUGAUACGAGACCAACCGCUGGUCUCGGUGGACAAAGAAAAAUUAGACUCCACGACUGUGCUCAACGACUGUCCCAAAAACGGGGACGAAUCAAAAAGACUGACCGAAUCCCGAUCUGGAUUUCAGAAGGAACCUUCCGCGCACGAGACUGGCGGAGGCGGCAGAACUGAACCUCGACGUGUUUCAGACAUACAAGAGCCCACCUUGCACCCCUCCAAAUCACAAGAUUCCGCCAAUCUUGACACUAGUUUUCACAGUUCUCCCCACCACCCUUGCACCGGCCCAAAUCUGUACAAUUCUUCAAACGGAGAUCUCAAACGGGACGAACUUGAGCGACUCUCGAAAGAAACUCUUAUCACCUUGAAACCGCGAAUCAAUGGCGUUAAAGAGCCGGAAGAGGAUCUUUCUAAACUAUCGAAUUCUCUGAGUUCACUCGAAAUAUCGUUCUCGUCUCACCAUGGAGACGCGAAACCGUGUUCGCGACCUGCUAGUCCGGAAAUUAAUCGCACGACGACUCCGAUAAACGCGGAAACGCAACGACUGCCCGAAAGCUACGAGUCCCUAGUCACGAGACCUGUGAUCCCACCGCGACGAAAGUAUAGCUCAAAAAGUGCGAAAUUUGUUCGCGAACCGACUCCUGGACCUGAUCUCACGAGCGCCGCAAUUCCAGAAGUUGAGACUGUGAAAGUGGUGGAGAAAGAGCCGCCGCGGCACAAUGGUUCUUUGGACAGUUGCGAGAAUGAGAGCAAAAUCUGUGAAAGGCUUGCUGAGGUCUCGAACGACUCGGGCUUUGAAAGUCAGAUGCAGACGAAGCUCGAUGAUGAGAUUGAGGAUCUAGGGAAACUGGACGAGGGAAUAAUGAAGCUUGAUCGAGUGAAACUCGAGGGUCGUCCGAUAACCGAAGCUGUUACCGAGUGGCUUCGGAAAGCCAAUUCUCCCGAUCUGUUUAUCACCUCGAAUCGAGAUUCGGAAACCGAGAGCGAUGAAGAGGAGGAGGAGGAGGAUGAAAAUGUGAAAGGUAAGCCGCCAAAAAACUUGCAGGGCAACCCCAUGCCUGCACUAUCUGCUAAUGGCAGCAACAAUGAAUUGUUGUUGCUGUGCGGCGAAUUCGCAAGGACCAAUCAAAGAGAAGAGCCGAGGACCAGCAGCUCGGGUUCGAGAAGCAAGAGGAACUCGAAAAACAAGAAGCAGAUGAGAAAGAGAAACAAGAGCUCCAAGUUUGAGGACAAGAUCUUGAAGAAGCAGAUGCAAACAGAGAAAAUAGAUUGCUGCAGUGGCACUGUCAGGAUUUCAAACUUUCAGGAAUCUUCACUUGUUGUUGGUGAUUGCGAAUUUACCGAGGAUAGAGUUGCGGGUAUGAGGGUUGCUUUAAGCUCUCGGAUGAAUGAUGAGGUGAAGAUCCUGCGUGUUCAGGGUCAGGAGGAAAAAGACAAGGAUCCGGCGAUAGUGCGGACUUUUGAAAAGGGGGAGAUAGUCGUCUCGAUUGAGGGAAAGCUCCUGCCAAAGUCCAAGUACGUGCCGGUUCUUCAUGGGGGGGAAAUUAUCGAGAAGGAGCAGACAGAGCGGGUGGAAAAAGACAGGAGAAGUGGGAAUCAAGACAAGGGAGAAGCAGGGGUGGAAGAAAUUGAGAAGGGCGCAUCACUGGGAAGUAUUGAGGAACCGGAUGUGCUUGAAUGCUGGGAGGCAGAGACUCUCGAGCCUGUGGCGAGUGUCAGGAGACUUUUGAGUAGCAGGGGCAGUUUUCACGAGGGUGAAGCUGCCGAGGAGGAUCUCGAGGAGGUGGAGCAGGUGAAGAGAUACUACAAAUUAGUAAGAGAGAGUGUGACGAGUUGUACCAGCGUUGAGGAGGAAGAAAGUGACGAGCAGGAGGUGGUGGUGAACUCUGGAACCGUGCCAAACAGUCCCGAGAGUCUGCAGAGUGAGAAGAUGCCGCCGAUGUUCGUCUCCGCCGAGAGGCAGAGGAUACCGAUCGAUGAAGCUUUCGAGGUGUAUGAAAGCUGCUAUAAUGGGAGCCAGUUUAUCAGCCUGGAUCCAAAAUUCAGGAAGCAAAGGUCUUACAACCUCGAAGACGGUCCCAUUCCUUGUAAAGCUGUCUGCUGCAAUAUUCAGUAGUUGAAACCAAAGGUUUUUUUUUCAUGCAAUUCGUAUCGCGGGGACGAUAUUUUUUCAAUGUUUUUUGGUCCAAAUGGACUGGUGUCUUUAAGAUACAAGAAAUAUUUAAGGUGAGAUUAUGAAAAGAGAAUUUCGAUAUCCUUUGUCAAAAGAUUACUCUGGUGUUGGUCGGAAAAAUGUACACACUCUGGCAUUGUUUGUCUAAAGCAACAACUGGCGUUGGUUGUCUAAACUAAAACUCUUGCGUUGAUUAACGAAACCAUCCAGAUAACAAACGUGUCUGGCACAUUAACGAAACGAUGGAUGGCAGGCGACGUGCCGGCGAUAAAGCGUCGUUUGGCCAAUAGGAAAGAGCCGUUACGCGCACGAUGGCCAAAGAACGAUGUGCCUCCUGCCAUGAAACAUCAACAGUUGGUCGAAAAUAGUUUUUGUUGCUAAACAAUCGGUACGUUCUUUUGAAAAACUAUCGAAAAAGAUGUGCGAAAUACUCUUCCGCUUUCGUUUGAAGGACUUGCGUUCGCGAGUUUGACUUUUCCGAGACUCGAUGAAACUGAAAAAUUUUUCUGAACUUCCAGAAUGAUUUCCAACAACGCCAUGGCACUUUUUGCCUGCUCUAGGUAAUUUUCGAGGAAUUAUCCCUGGGACAGCAAAUUUUUUAAGGAAUCCAUUCAUUGGCAUUUCGAGCUUCCAUAUAGCCGGCGCGUUGGUCGCCAGACGGGCAAUAUUGCCAGCAAUGGAACCUAUACCGAGCUACUUUGUUAUCUGGGCAAGAACGGAUAGUGUGGACGACCAUUUGCAGCAAACAGUCGACCUUUUUAGUAAUUAAUAUUCACUGGUUUAGUAUAUUAUUAAGGAUUAUUUUUAAUUUACUUUAAUUCCUCUCAAUUGUUUUCAAUUCUCUGAAAUACUUGAAUUGUAUGAACACAUUGAAUUCUUCUGCAUAUAUCCGUUUUUCAAAAUAAUAUACUAAAUCAGAGAGGAUUUAUUUGAUAAAUCAUCUAAAAAAGCAAAGUGGUCGUUUUAGAGAAACAUCCCAAGAGAGGUUCUUUUAACAUGAAGGUAUCGAAUUAUAAAAAAAAUUGAAAGUGAAUUUUAUCAUUCAUAUUAAACAGGUAAACUAAAAAUAUGUUUGUUUUUUUUAAAUUAAUUAUCAUUUAUUUUAGAUAAGUGGUAAAAUGGUUUUCAAUCAAUUGGAAAUGAAUAUUAUAGAAUUUAAAAAAAAAAAUUAUAUUCUCUUGAAUACAAAUUUCUACUUUUUAAUAUCAAAAUUUAAUUUAUUAAUGGUAAAAUUCAAUUCAUAAUUUAUGCUACGGCAAACAAAAAUAAAAUACAUAUUUCAUAAAAGCUCAAGACAUAUGAAAGUCAAUUAAAGUAUCCGAUCGAACACAAUUAAAGUACAAAGUAUUUAAAUUUUAAUUAUUUUUAAACUAUUGGCUUUUUCAGUUUUUAAACUUCUACUCUAAUAAAUACCGUUCUAUUUUAUUCAAUAAUUAAUUAAUCAAUUUUUUUUUUUGCUCAAACUAAUUCUAUUUCCGAAAUAUUUCUUGUAUUUUAGAUUUCAAUUGAAUCUUUUCAAAAUGACACCGGGAGUUGUUAUCACGAAAAUAUCCGAUCAUUGUAUUUCAACUUUUUGAAAAGCAAAAUCGAAAAAUGUCGAUCAUUUCCAGAAAAUAUGAAGCAAAACUUUUAAAAUAUUAUUUCUUUCCAAUUUUAUUUCAAUAACAUUUAAAAAAUUCAUUUUCUCGUUUGCAUUAUUUUCUGGAAGAUAUCCAUUUUAUUGUCGCGUUGUUAUAUCACAAAAUCCGCACUGAACAAUAAAAAUUUGCCCGUGGCUCGUACAAUUAAGUCUUAAAAACUAAAUGUAAACAUUUAAAUCGGUAGAAUCAAGUCGUAAAUUUUGAAAUCGCAGUGGAAGGAUCUUCGCGUUGCUGUUUGUAUUUGUAAAUAGCUUUUAAGCGCAAUCGUUAACGUUGUGAAAUUUUGGGGAAGCUUCUGCGCCCUAUGUUUAGGUGUAAAUUAAGCUUUCACCGCCGCGCCGUUCACUAGACUGUCUUUUCGCAGAGCAUUGUUCACUAAAAAUAUUAAACGCUGAUGCGGUUUCCAAGGCGUGUAAACUUUUUAGUAGAUGUGGAUUUCUUCACCGACAAUUAGGCUCGACACUCAUAACUCUAAACAGAUGGCGCCACUCCUUUCGACAGUGAAGGGCGCGCACGUUUUCUAGCCGUUUCUGUUAUUCAUGGCUCAUCAACCUGAUCGCCAUUAACAAUGCAGAGUAAUGGAAAACAUGCGCCCUGUCGCGCCAAAAUUAGUGGCGCAAUCUACUCUUAAGUUUUGGAUGUCCAGCCUAAUUUUAGAAUAGUCUCAUUGCCAAAAAUCGAAUUGUAUUAUUUUCCUUUGUUUGUUUUUCUUUUCUUUUUAAAUUCGUUUUUAAUUUGGUUAAUAAAGUUUAGCAAAGUGUAAGGCACAAGACUAAAACAGUUUAUGAUAAUCUGUUAAUGGAAAGCGAAGCUAACGACGCGUUGUUAUUGUUAUUGUUCUUAUUAUUCUAUAGAUGUUAAACUUUACAGCGAAAGAGACAUACCGCCUCAAUGUUAGAGGAUAUUUUUUACAACAUACAGCGUUUUAGACGAUUUUGAUGCGCAGAGACAGCCUACAAUUUAUGUUUUGAUAGUUGGAAGGCUACAACCAGUUUUACCAAGCAUUGAGGAAUUUAGAUUGCGAGCCAAAUUCAAACAAUUUUAUCUUUCUGGAUUGUUUAAAAUUUUCCUUUGCAAUAAAGGAUGGAAAUUUAUAUAGAUUAGGCCGCGUUCUAAUCUUCAAUAUCUUUUACCAAUUCGCGGUGGACAGGCAAAAUUCUGAUCAAAAAUGUCGCCACUCAUUUGGGCGCUGCAGCACUCACGUUUUCUAACAUUUUCUAUUACUCGUGGCGGCCCGCUAUUCGCUGAAAUCUCAGGCAUGCGCAGUGACGGUUAUUUUCUCAUGUAUGCGUCAAGUUGUAGAAAAUGUAUGCAGCACCAAAAGAUGUGGCGACAUCUGUUCGGAGUUUUGGGAUGUUCAGCCUAAUUGGUGUUUGUACCGUGAUCGGUAAACAAAAAAAAGUCGAUGAGGAUAAAAUUUUUUGACAAUUAAUAAGGGAUUAUUUAUAGGAUCUAUAAAUUUUAGGCUGCAGUAAUAACAAGUUGAAUUAGGUAACAUAAAGAACUUAGUUGGCAGAGUGAAAAAGUUGGAAAUAAAUAAAACGAACAAAAAAAGAUGCAAAUUAAGUAGAUUGUACGGUAGUUUGUAUAGAAUGAAUUUUGUUGCAAUAGACGGGGAUGAUCGAGUUCAUAUUUAGGCACACUGAAUUAUGUAAAAUGAUGAUUACAGGUCUAUAUAUCGCUAUAUUAAAUGCGCGUUGCAUCAAUUGUGGUGAUUGUGUGCCUUAUUCUGUGGCGGCCAUUUUUGUAACCAUUUCAGAUAUCCUUACCGAGGUACGAAAGUUGAAAGGGAAUUUGCAAAUAAAAACUAGAACCGAGUGCUUUUAAUUGCCAUCAUCUCGAGAUCUGAUUGUUUAAAAGUAUACAAUAAUCAUUAAAGCAUAAAGACAUAAAGGCAGACAAAGAGCUGCAGCGUUGAAUGAAUUAAACGAGAAGACAAUUUAGAGGACCUUUUCAUGGGGAUGAAAUUCGUGAUACCAGUUUUUUUUUUUUUUUUGGGGGGGGGGGGACAUCGAGUUCAUAUCUACAUUAUUAUGGAGUUUAUGUCCGUGAAUUUCACUGGCCAUGAACCUACGGAUAACGAUGAUAUGUACUCUAUGCGGAAAAAGUGGUAUCAGGAACUUCAUGAAAUUGAACAGUUACCCUUAAGGAUUUAAUCGAUUCCUUUCAACCACCGACGACCUUUCAUAUGUAACUAACAUGUUCAUUGCCUGCGUAUGUACAUACACAUACAUACACACAUACACUGUUACAUCCAUAUUCCAUACGUCUCGCUCGGUAUGCAUUGUAACACUAUCACAUACAUGCGACGAACAAAAACAAGUACACUUAAUACUUUAAUCUGUACUUCAAUUUCGUUGUUUUUGCUUAAAAAAUACGAAUAAAAUGAUUCAAAGAAA